CUGCUUUCUACUAUUUACACAAGUGGGCGAGUUUCCUUCCCCCAAUAUAUAGCUUUCGGUGGCCGCUGCCUUCCGCACUCAGCAAUUUUCACUGUCGUCCUCGUCCUCAUACUCAGUGAUCAGUAGCUAUGUCUAGCACGGCGGGUCAGAUUAUCAAGUGCAAAGCUGCGGUGGCUUGGGAAGCAGGGAAGCCACUGGUGAUUGAAGAGAUAGAUGUGGUGCCUCCUCAGGCUGGAGAAGUGCGUCUGAAAAUCCUCUUUACCUCUCUCUGCCAUACUGACGUUUACUUCUGGGAAGCGAAGGGUCAAACUCCUGUAUUCCCUCGUAUAUUAGGUCACGAAGCUGGGGGGAUCGUGGAGAGCAUAGGGGAGGGAGUGACUCAUCUGAAACCAGGGGAUCAUGCUCUCCCAGUAUUCACAGGGGAAUGCGGGGAGUGCCCGCACUGUAAGUCGGAAGAAAGCAACAUGUGUGACCUUCUCAGGAUCAACACGGACAGGGGUGUUAUGAUCAGUGACGGCAAAUCCAGAUUCUCCAAGAACGGACAGCCAAUAUAUCAUUUUGUGGGAACCUCCACAUUCAGCGAGUACACCGUUGUGCAUGCUGGUUGUGUUGCUAAGAUUGACCCUGCUGCUCCACUUGACAAAGUUUGUAUUCUCAGUUGCGGGAUCUGCACAGGUCUUGGUGCUACUGUAAAUGUUGCAAAACCAAAACCUGGUUCCUCUGUUGCCGUCUUUGGGCUUGGAGCUGUCGGACUUGCUGCCGCUGAAGGGGCAAGGAUUUCUGGUGCAUCAAGAAUUAUUGGGGUUGAUUUAGUUUCUAGCCGUUUUGAGCUAGCCAAGAAGUUUGGAGUUAAUGAAUUUGUGAACCCGAAAGAUCAUGACAAGCCCGUUCAGGAGGUGAUAGCUGAAAUGACUAAUGGGGGAGUGGAUCGCGCUGUCGAAUGCACUGGGAGCAUCCAGGCCAUGAUCUCAGCAUUCGAAUGUGUCCACGAUGGUUGGGGUGUUGCGGUACUGGUUGGAGUGCCAAACAAGGAUGACGCGUUUAAAACUCAUCCGAUGAAUUUCUUGAACGAGAGGACUCUGAAGGGUACCUUCUAUGGCAACUACAAGCCACGUUCUGAUCUGCCUUCUGUCGUAGAGAAGUACAUGAAAGGGGGGCUGGAACUUGAGAAGUUCAUCACUCAUUCGGUCCCUUUCUCAGAGAUCAAUAAAGCCUUUGACUAUAUGCUCAAAGGGGAAUCCAUCAGGUGCAUCAUUCGCAUGCAAGACUAGAACAAUGCUGGGAGAAUUGAGUUUUCCUUGUGAUGAUUGUGAAGAAGAAUAACCCACCUUGUAAUAAUUAAUGAAUAAGAUGUUUAUGCGUACUUCGGUUGUGGCGUUGUUUACUUAUAAAUAUAACUUAUCAUUUUCGUGCCU